CAAUCCACGAGUCAAAAAGAACGCGCUUCAGUUGUUGUAGACUCAGACAGUUGAUGCGCGUGAGCCUUUCAAAUAAAUUCCCGAAAAUUCGACAUCUGUGAGAUCUGUUGAGUUUCAGGAAUGGCUGAGGCGCAUCAGGCUGUAGCAUUCCAGUUCACUAUAACACCUGAGGGAAUAGAUCUGCAGCUCUCUCAUGAAGCACUGAGACAAGUAUACCUCUCUGGUCUCCGCUCCUGGAAGAAACGUAUCGUACGCUUGAAGAACAAUGUAAUAACAGGUGUGUAUCCUGCAAGCCCUUCCUCCUGGCUGUUCGUUGUUAUAGCGAUCCUGGCUACCAUGUACACGCGCUCUGAUCCCUCCAUGGGGCUCAUUGCAAAAAUCCAGGAACACCUGCCAGCCAGUGGCUCUCUGAGUGUGCAGUGUCAGACAGUCGUUUCUGCUGUGGUUUUCAGUACUAUGCUAUGGCUUUCUCUUAUCUUCACUAUGAAGCUAUGUCUGAAGCAGCUUCUCUCAUACCACGGCUGGAUGUUUGAACAACGUGGUAAUGUGUCCAACACUACAAAGGUCUGGAUGAUGUUGGUAAGGAUCUUCUCUGGUCGGCAGCCUCUGCUCUAUAGCUAUCAGGGCUCUCUGCCUAAUCUGCCGGUACCUGCCGUCAAAGACACCAUCAGGAGGUAUUUGGAGUCUAUUCGCCCACUGAAGAGUGAUUCUGAGUUUGAGAGGGUGAACACUCUAGCUAAAGAGUUUGAAGUCAGUCUAGGGAACCGUCUGCAGUGGUACCUCAAGCUCAAGUCCAUGUGGGCCUCCAAUUAUGUGAGUGACUGGUGGGAGGAGUACAUCUACCUAAGAGGGCGCGGUCCUAUCAUGGUGAACAGCAACUACUAUGGCAUGGACUUCAUGUAUGCGAUACCAACACCAAUCCAGGCCGCAAGGGCGGGGAACAUUCUGCAUGCUGUCCUGAUGUACCGCAGGAAACUGAAUAAAGAGGAAAUCAAACCUAGCCGUAUUCCUGGUACUUUCAUUCCACUAUGUUCAGCUCAAUGUGAGAGGAUUUUCAACACCACACGCAUUCCAGGAGAGGAGACUGACACAGUGGUGCAUUGGAAGGACAGCGAGUAUGUGGCAGUAUACCACAGGGGGCGCUAUUUCCGUCUGUGGCUUUACCAGGCCGGCCGGAUGCUGUCUCCACGGGAGAUAGAAUACCAGAUCCAGCGUAUCCUUGACGACCCGUCCACCCCGGCGCCAGGAGAGGAAAAACUGGGAGCGUUCACUGCAGGGGACCGACUUCCAUGGGCUCAGGCAAGAAAGGAGUUCUUCGGCUCUGGAGUAAAUAAGAGAUCUCUGGAUUGCAUUGAGAAAGCUGCAUUCUUUGUUACUCUGGAACAUGAGGAGCUAGAUAAGAAGGGAGAUGAUCCGGACAUUACUCUUGAUCGUUAUGCCAAGUCUCUCCUACAUGGAAAAUGUUACGACAGGUGGUUUGAUAAAUCGUUUUCAGUGGUGAUCUAUAAGAAUGGAAAGAACGGCCUGAAUGCUGAACACUCAUGGGCAGACGCUCCUGUCGUUUCCCGUAUGUGGGAGUAUGUCCUUGCUACAGACUGUUUCCAUUUAGGCUACAAUGAAGAGGGCCAUUGCAAAGGUGAUGUGAACCCUUCACUUCCCCGACCACAGAGACUAACAUGGGACAUUCCUUCACAGUGCCAGGAGCGUCUGGCUCAGUCUCUGUCCGUAGCACAGGUGCUGGCUGAUGAUGUUGACUUCCAUGUGUUUGCAUUCCGAGACUUCGGGAAAGGCAGCAUCAAAAAGGUCAAAAUGAGCCCCGAUGGCUUUAUCCAAUUAGCGCUGCAGCUAGCUUUCUACAGGGACAGAGGAAUGUUCUGCCUGACAUACGAGGCGUCUAUGACCCGUUUGUUCCGUGAGGGCAGAACUGAGACGGUGCGCUCCUGUACGAGCGAGAGCUGUGAAUUUCUCAGAGCUUUUGAGAACGGAGAGGAUGUGGAGGUGUGCAGGCGUUUCUGUCGAAGUGCAUCUGAGAAGCAUCAGCAGCUGUAUCGCCUGGCCAUGACAGGCGCAGGAAUAGACAGACACCUCUUCUGCCUCUACAUCGUUUCCAAGUACCUGGGCAUAGAGUCACCCUUCCUUAAAGAGGUGUUUUCUGAGCCCUGGCGUCUUUCCACCAGUCAGACUCCCGUGCAGCAUUUGGAAAUGUUUGACUUUGUGAACUAUCCAGAAUACCUAAUCUGUGGUGGAGGAUUCGGACCCGUUGCUGAUGAUGGCUAUGGUGUGUCCUACUCCUUAAUUGGAGAGGAUAUCAUCACUUUUCAUGUCUCUAGCAAACACUCAUGCCCCCAAACUGACUCUCAUAAGUUUGGGAAGCAGAUCAGGAAGGCUCUGGGGGAUCUUUUGCAGCUUAUGACCAACAACCAAAAAGAAGCAUCCCGAAGCGAGCAGAACCACAGCCCAAAACCCCAGAGCAAGAAGGAGUUGUAGGAUGAGAGAGAGAAGUGAUAGCGGUGGCGGUGUUUUGGGGGUUGACAUGCAAGGCACUAAAUAUGUACAAGUAGAUUUUAGGGAUUGAUAGGUUGCUGAUAGAUUGUUGUUGUUUUAGUGUGUGUGUGUGUGUGUGUGUGUGUGUGUGUGUGUGUGUGUGUGUGUGUGUGUGUGUGUGUGUGUGUGUGUGUGUGUGUGUGUGUGUGUGUGUGUGUGUGCCCGCCUGCCUCAGAGGUAGGGUAGAACCACUGAUUGGUACUGAAACAAUAAUGGCUGAGCCAUUAUUGGGAAGACAGAUACAGUAAUUAGAGAGGGUGCUACUUGACUGCAAAGAAUGGUAGCAGAAGCAGGAAGCAAAGAUCAUUAUUCAUGUUCUAAAGGCCUUAAACAUACAGGGGGUAGGCAUAAACAAGUAUACAGGGGUCUUUUGCAUGUAGUGUCCACAGUUGCCACAGUCUGUUUUGAUCUGACCUGACCUGAUGUAAUCUCCAAUCCCCCAAGUGGUCAGUGUGCUUGUGGCAUAUGUAACAAACUCAUCUAUAUAGCAUUUUAUAUGAAUGUAACAAGUUGCCAGUCUUGACAGCAAUCUAAGCAAAUUCAGUGAGAUGUGUUGGUUAAGGACAGAUUUUUGUUCCAGAUUUUCUCACGUCAACUAGAUGUUUCCCCCCCUGCAUCUGUAAAACCCCGUCUUGGAUCCAGACAACGAUUAGAAAUUAGUUCUCAUUUAUGAAUCCAUAUUUGCUGCUUUCUACCAUGGAUUUAAACUCAAAAGGGUAACAUUUUCUCACUUUGCAUUGCUGCAUAUUAUUGUUUCUCCAGUGGGCCACAUGACGUACAAUAGGAAGUAACCUGUUUUUUCCCCCUUAGUAUUUUAAAAAGCCUUUUUUCAGUUUACAGACCAGUCUGAACCCUGGACUUGGUACACUUUAUGAUGUCCCAGACCUACUUCAGUAAACACAUAAAAGUAAACACAUGUAAAGGACAAUCUUAGUCAGGCCGCUCUUGUGAAAGAAACUACCACAAUGUUAAGCAUCCUCACACUGCUCCGUUAAAGAUCAGCGUAUAGAAUGUUGAUCAUUUAUUAAUAAAGUAAUUAUUAGAAAUGUCUAGGCACUUGUAUCAAGGUCUCAGACUGGUCAUUAAGCUGAGGAAAAUUACCUUGUGUUCCAACAGUGCAGGGCCACAUGCCCAGGUUACAUAUUGGUCGUAUGGCAUAGCUGGUCACGCAACGCAUUAAUGCAUGACUGAAGCCAAGUUCUGAACUGCUGGUGGCCUCGUUAUUGAACUACAUUGAUUAGUCUAACAUGAAGGAAAAGUUCAGAAAUGCUUCUUCAGACAAAUUCAACAGUAAAACACUGGAUUGGACCUUACAUCCAGAUGUGAACCAAUCAGGAGUCUUCAGUCUGGAUUUAUUUUACUUGAAUACAGAUAUUUAUGAGAUGUCAUGUAAUGAUUAUGACAUAGUAUGUCAUUAUUAUGAGAUAGGAAGUUACAAAUAUGGGCAACAAAUCUUUGACUUGCUAAAUGGAGCAAACUCAAUCAAUGAUAUAAUAAAAAAAAAAUAGAUAGUUAUAUUACUGCACUUAGAAAUAAGUGACCCAAAUCUAAUAGGGUAGAAAUGCAAGGGUCACAUGUAACAAUUUAUGUGCAUAGCACCGUAUUUAAGUAUAGUUUUACUGUAACCAAGGAAAACGUCAUGCCUGAAGGGAAAAUGCUGAUGCAGUCUGACGGCUGCUUGCUAUCUCAGUGACGGCAUGUUGUAGUUUCACUGCUGUGUAGCUACCUUGGGGAUGUAGGGUAACUAUGGCAAUCUCAAUGCAACAUUCAGACAGCUGGAAGUAAAUUUGUGAGGUAGGAGAUUCAGUCAGAUGAAGGUGUGGAAUCAAACAUGAGCCAGAAUGCUAAAUUACUGCUCGAUGAUCUGAGACUGAGAUCCUGUCUUUCACUAUUGUACAAUUAUACAGACAUAAAACAAGGGGUAUUUAUUAUUAAUAAUAAUAAACCUACAGUGCAUGCUGCUUUUUUUGUUAAUCCAAGAUCUGUUCACAAUUUGAGCAGCAGAGCUGUUUUAUGUUCACAUGUACAAUUAAUCUUUGCGCAGCAGCUCGUAUCCAGAGUUUACCUAUUAAAUUAGUUGGUCAGUGCUGAAGAGUUUAUAAUUUAUUCACGUGAACCUGCGUUUCAUUACUUCCUUUCAUGGCCUUCACUCUUUAACUUAAAAACCACUGUAUGCAUUGAGUUCUGAUUGCUGUUACUGUGAUUAUUUAAGUGAAUCACUUAGAUGGAAGCCAGGUCACACUUUCAGUUUUUACGUUUACUUUUCUAGCUCAUCUCUGCACUCAUCAGUCCAUCCAGUCUUUAGGCCAGUACUGUCCUGUAUCCUUGACGCUCAACUGCACAUAACGAACAUUAGUGUGUGAUUUUGUAAGCUUCUGUUUAGUUUGCUUUCUCUGCUUCUUCUCACUUGCUAUCCAGGCUUCUGUACAGCAGGGCUUUAAUCUUUCUCUCUUUGGUAUUACUAUAGUGCGCUUCUGCAUUUUAUACGUAACUGAAAAGAAGGAAAAAAAACCACUGAAGUCACUUUUUUAAUAAAAGGAGAUUGAAGCACA